AUGGUCCCGGUGCGAAGCCCUCACGGGUCAGUAGGAGGCCGCUCGCCAGUCUCCCUGCGCUCCAUCUCCCCCGUUUUCUCCCCCUCUCCAGCCACCGUCAUCUUUCCUCUCCCCUCAUUCCCUCUGCCUUGCACACCUGUUUUUGUUCAUCAUGCUGAAGAGGUUUGCAAUCCUCUCUUAACGAAACCGGGUUUGAGGAGUCAAUUGCUGAUGCCCCGCGUUUGGUUCCCCUAGCGGUCUUGCUCGAUUGGCUGCCGGGAGGCGAGUGGGGGCUGCUUCCCUGAGAUCCGCCUCAGUAGUCAACAACAACGCCUUCAAGGCUUUCAAGCCUGCUCUACCUGUCUAUGGCGCUCGUUCCAUGGCCACCGCUCCCGAUUCCUCAAGAGUCGGGAAGAUCCAUCAAGUCAUUGGUGCCGUCGUUGAUGUGGUAUGUGCCGAGAAAAUUUUCAUCCAGGGAGAAUUCACCCACCACGGCCACAUCGGGAUCAGUUGAUUAAUGCAAACACCACCCUCUAGAAAUUCGACGGCGAGCAAUUGCCUCCUAUUCUCAACGCCCUCAAUACCGAUAAGCAUGGGAAUAAAUUGGUUUUGGAAGUUGCCCAACAUUUGGGGGAGAAUGUCGUUCGUUGCAUUGCUAUGGACGGUAUGCGGGACCCUACCUAGAAUCCUCGGAUUGGUGAUCUACCGAUUCAACAAGCGCUGAUGGACACCCUUAGGUACCGAGGGUCUCGUCCGUGGUCGGGAAGUUCAUGAUACUGGCGCUCCUAUCAAGAUCCCCGUUGGGCCAGGUACCUUGGGACGUAUUAUGAACGUCACUGGCGACCCUAUCGACGAGCGUGGCCCUAUCAAAGCCACAAAGAUGGCACCAAUCCAUGCCGAAGCCCCACCAUUCGUCGACCAAUCUACAACUGCUGAAAUCUUGGUCACCGGUAUCAAGGGUAAGAGUUGUCCGUUCUAACAGAGAAGGAUUUCAUCUGAUUUUAUCCCUCUCCACUUUUUUUGCAGUUGUCGAUUUGCUCGCACCAUACGCUCGUGGAGGAAAGAUCGGUCUCUUCGGAGGUGCCGGUGUCGGAAAGACUGUGUUUAUUCAGGAAUUGAUUAACAACAUCGCAAAGGCUCACGGUGGUUACUCCGUGUUUACUGGUGUCGGUGAACGUACACGUGAGGGUAACGAUCUGUACCACGAAAUGCAGGAGACGCGUAGGGUUUACCUUCCUCUAAGUACUCAUUAUCACUCACUAACUUAGGGAUGUUAAAGGUGUCAUUCAGUUGGAUGGGGACUCCAAGGUUGCAUUGGUCUUCGGUCAGAUGAACGAGCCCCCCGGGGCUCGUGCUCGUGUUGCCCUUACUGGCCUUACUGUUGCCGAAUAUUUCCGUGAUGAGGAGGGUCAGGACGUGCUUCUCUUCGUACGUGACUCCACCGUCCGUAUAUUAGAUGCGGCAUGCUGAUUUUUUUCCCUUUUAUUUCCCUCUGCAGAUUGACAACAUCUUCCGUUUCACUCAGGCGGGUUCUGAAGUGUCUGCCUUGCUCGGUCGUAUCCCCUCUGCUGUCGGUUACCAACCCACCUUAUCUGUAGACAUGGGGCAAAUGCAGGAGCGUAUUACUACCACCAAGAAGGGCUCCAUUACCUCCGUCCAGGCUGUGUACGUGCCCGCCGACGAUUUGACUGAUCCUGCCCCUGCCACUACCUUCGCCCAUUUGGAUGCUACCACUGUGCUGUCCCGUGGCAUCUCCGAAUUGGGUAUCUACCCCGCUGUCGACCCACUCGACUCCAAGUCCAGAAUGUUGGACCCUAAGAUUGUCGGAGAGGAGCACUACAAUACCGCCACCCGUGUCCAGCGUAUGUUGCAGGAGUACAAGUCGCUGCAAGAUAUCAUCGCCAUUUUGGGUAAGAACUCGAACUGCCUUUACCCUUCUCUAUAACUUAUACUAAUGGUGUUGGCUGGUAGGUAUGGACGAACUGUCUGAAGCCGAUAAGUUGACUGUCGAACGUGCCCGAAAACUGCAACGUUUCUUGUCACAGCCCUUCGCUGUUGCCCAGGUCUUCACUGGUAUUGAGGGUGCUUUAGUCGACAUCAAGGACACCAUCAGAUCGUUCAACGAGAUUAUGAAUGGUAACUGUGAUGACCUACCUGAGGCUGCAUUCUACAUGGUUGGAAACAUUGAGUCUGCACGGGCAAAGGGGGAGAAGAUCUUGGCAGAAUUGGAGGCUAAAUAGAUACCGUAGACGUGGCUGGUGUUUAGAAAAAAAUCACCUUGAAUUGGGGUUUACGUGCGUACGUAGGGCGCAAAGCAUACGGUUGUACAUGGUUUUUAUCUCCUUUGUAUGCUACUCAUUACUCUCAGUGUAUUUCGGCAACCAAAAUUUUCUACCCUCUAUUCUGAUAGCCUCCUACGCACGUACAGUGGAUGACUCCCGAGAGUACCAGUGGGAGUGGAUCAGUCUCUUCCAUUGUGAUAUAUCAUUCACCGACGUAUAAACCCUGGACUAGAGCACUAGAGUCGAGAGUAUAUGCGCUAGAACCACAAUUUUUUUCCGUACCCUCUACUUGAUGAACGAGUGAUACAUGAUGAACAUUUCUACAAUCGAGCUGCCAC